AUGUCUAUUGUGGGGCCCUUGGAAGACGCAGACUCUUCCCAAAUUCACUUGCUCAAAGAACAUAUUCCGCCUUACUCGUCAGCGACUUCGUACGUCAACCGUGAUAUUACAGAAGAACAAGAGCAUCUUGCAUACAUUGAGGAGUCGAACGCUGGCUUCAGGUCUACAAAACCAUCUGACAAUGGAUAUCAACUCGACGGCCCAUCUCGGGCGCCUUGUGCCACUGGUAUCACAAUCCGUAAGGCAUCACGCUACAAGCGAAACUCGAAAGGCAGAGAAUUAGCGAAAUUGAAUAAGAAAGAAAGCAUCCUAUGGGUCUGGAGACUGGAGCCGGUUCUGAUGUGUGUUGGGACUGGGUUCUUUGCUGCCAUUUGCUUAAUCUUAAACAAGUAUAACGGAGAAGAGCUACCAGAUUGGGACUUAAUGGGCCUUACCCUCAACACACUGAUAUCUAUCCUUGGAACGUUCUUUCGUGCCAUCGUGGCGCUAAUUACCUUCGAGAUCAUUGCGCAGCGCAAGUGGACUUGGCUCUCGCACGACAGCUUCAAACCCAGGCGGGACGUUGAGAUAUUUGACAGUGCCUCGCGAGGCAUGUUUGGAUGUCUGCGUCUAGUCCCUGUUAUUAUGAUUCGGGACCUCGUGGCACUGGGUGCUAUCGCCGUUGCAGUACUAACACUAGGCAUUGGCUCCUUUACUCAGCAGUCAAUCCAAACAUACCAAUGUCUUCGAGAGAUGCGGCCGGAAGAUGGAACAGCCACUAUAGCUGUCGCAAAUACCAUUCAGUUGGAAGACUUCACUACUCUCAUGGCUAAUUUGCAAUUGAACGUCAAGAUGAAAAUAGCGAUGAGCGACGCAAUGGUAUCACCAAAUGACGUCAGUUCGUUAUUCAACUACCCUUCUGGAAACUGCACCUUUGCGACUUACUCCGACUCUCAAGACAAUACAAAUCUUUUAUCACAUUCAAGUCUUGGUAUGUGCAGCAGAUGUAUCGAUCUAUAUAACCUGGUCCGACAUGAGAGACCCUCCGGACCCACACUCCCGAUCAAUUAUUCACUGCCCGUCGAGGUUGGUGGAGAGAGGAUGAGAAUUGCUCUUGGGGAUAUCCAGGAGUUGGAACACGGCACAUAUAUUAACGUUGCAACAGGAAUGAACCUAUCUUGGACCCACCAGGUUGCCACGCCUGACUUGCUGAACCGCGCACGUUGGUCUAUCGCAAAUAUUACCUUGCUAGGCAUAUCCGAAGACCAUUGCGGCAUCGGACCGGAUUCAAACAUAACCUGUCCAAAUACAUGUAGUGAGGAGUCUCGAGAGAAUCGGAGUUGCUUCGUGGAUUCAAGGCGACUCAAUGGACGGCCCACCGAUUAUGCAGCGGCCGCCUGCAUCAUAUAUCCCUGCAUAAGAUACUACCGCGCACAGUUUAGAGAUUCUAAACCAGAGGAGACGGUGGUUUGGGAUGUCCCUAUGAGGAAGCAGUGGUUGUACGGACCACUCUUGUCGGCAGGAUCUGGGCCCUUGAGAGCCGACUGGAAAGGUAUCAUGCAGCCAUGUCUGGUCAACGGCACCUUGUUCACAACAUUGAAUAUGUCCUCCCCAUCGCAUACCAUUCCUAACCCCAGGGAAUUGGUAUUCCACGCUAAGAAUUGGGCUUCUGAGUCUAUGAUCAGCUUGAGCAUUACUCGUGGUGUCGUCGCUGUUGCUGGUAUUGACCGUGGCGAGGGAUACGAACAGAAGGAAUGCCUGGAAGAGCUCGAUCCUUCCCUUUCUACUCAUGGAUCAUCCUGGCGUGGAGAUAAUGGGAUUGAGAGAUUUGGACAAGACUGCCGGUAG